AUGGAAGACAAACAAAAGAAGCCCACCAUCACAGUCAUCGACACCGUCUACCUCCGCAAUCUCAUGCCAGGUAACCAAGAAUGCGUCUACUUUCUCUACAGUUCUCGCUUCUCCGGCGCCAUGAAAGAAGCUGCCAUAUCCACCAAUGCAACCAUUCUAUACGAUAUCACGAACGACCAAGCCGUCGAAGAACUCAGUCGACUUCUGGCUCUCAACAUUCAUUUCCAUGACGAUGAUGGAAGAAUUCUCAGUCCUACACCACUUAUGGAUACGAUGUGGCAUGCGCUUAUCCUGGAUACGCGACUUCAUCUGGAGUUCCAAGCUACUUUGCCAUUUUAUGUUCAUCAUCGGCCUUUGGGAGUGACUGAUGGGGAACGGUUGACUCGUUUGGGUAGAUUGAGUUUACAUUGUAGGGAGAUUUUUGGUACUGAUCCCUUUAUGCUAAGGACGCUCUGAUCAAAGAGGCGGAGGAAAAGGGAGGGAAACCAGGCAGGCUUUUAUGAAUCUCCAAUGAAAAAAACCAAAGCGGCGGAUACAUAUCUGGAGACACAACUAAAAGUGGAAGACGAAGAAUUAGAGGAUGAAGAAUCGGAGAGACAACAGGCAGACGACGAGGAGUAUUCAAAAGCGAUGACCAAAGAGGCAGAGGAAGAAGUAGAGAGACAACCUGAAGUAGGGAAUGAAGAAUUGAGGAAGAAAGCGACACAGAAUGCAGAAUCUCCGAAAGAAAUAACGGUAAAGAUAAUCAUCCCACAACGGUAUCCACAACAGGACACGAUCAAAGCCAGAAUGCAUAUGAGAGAUACCACCAAGUUCUGGCGUCUUAUUAGCGGGAUAAAGUCUAAGGUUCGUCCCCAACCACCAGGUCCGUAUUAUACUAGUGAUUUCAGAUUGUUUUUUGAGGGAAGCGGCUUUUGGGAGAGGACACCCCCAGGCAAAUUGGUAUGGAAGAUGGGGAUUGUAUAUAUCUUUAUUUUGAGAUGA